AGACAAACCGUGAUCAAAGAUGUUGAAGUUCGUCGUUUUGUUGGUGUCAGUGGGAGCUACGUUUGCGCAUCAUGCGGACGGCUUACACACUGCCGGUGUAGUAUUGGUCGGUAAAGAAGUUAACGGUGCGGUCACAUUCACGGAGACAGAAGACCACAAAGUGCGAGUCCAAGGCAACAUUACCGGUAUGGCACCCGGCGAGUACGGGUUCCAUGUCCACGAGAAGGGAGACCUAAGGAGCGGCUGUGCCUCCACCGGAUCACAUUUCAACCCUGAGAACCAACCGCACGGCCAUCCCAACGACGCCGCUCGCCACGUCGGCGAUUUGGGCAACAUUGUUUUCGACGAACAAAAAGUCAGCACUUUCGACUUCGUUGACAGCCAGCUGGCAUUGCGCGGAGCUCACAACAUCAUCGGCAGGGCUGUAGUACUUCACGAAAAAGCUGAUGACUUCGGCAGAAGCGACCAUCCUGAUUCCAGAAAGACUGGAAAUGCAGGAGGUCGUGUAGCCUGCGGUGUCAUCGGCCUUAUGUAGGAAAUUUCAAGAUGCUAUGGGUAGCGGCAAACUUCUUGAUCCAAUAAUAUGUAUGACCCCAAAAUAAUGUACCCUAUCUAUGUAAUAAAAUUCCAUUCAAUUAAAACUACUUUUAAAAGGGUUUAAUAUGCGAUUAUUAAUACCUUUUACACAGACAUAAUUUGCUUGUGUAUAUUUUUUCAUAUCGUGACGACCUCCGUGGUCGAGUGGUUUGUACGCCGGGUUUCAUGGUGUCGCCGACUCGAGAAGUCUCGGGUUCGAAUCCCGGUGGUGGCAGAUGUUUGUUUGAUGAAUACGAGCAUUUGUACUCC